AUGAGCAACCUUCUUCUUCCAGAUGAUCCGUCUGCGAUGGCUUCCAAGGUCAUCUGCAAGCAGUUGGAAGUUGACGAAUCUAUAGGUUUGACAGAAACUGAGGCAAAAAAUCGACUUCUCCACUUCGGCAAAAAUGAGUUUCCUGCAGAGCCACCAACUCCGUUUUGGAAGCUGGUCGCCGCACAGUUUGACGAUAUGCUUGUGCGCAUACUCCUCAUGGCGGCGCUGAUCAGCUUCAUCACGGCGGUUUUGGAAAGCAAUUUAAUCGAUUUCGUGGAACCGUUUAUUAUUCUUCUUAUUCUCACGUUAAACGCUAUUGUUGGCGUGUGGCAAGAAAACCGAGCAGAUCAGGCAAUUGACGCCUUGAAAGACUUUGUUCCUGAAACGGCUGUCGUCAUUCGAAGUGGCGCUGCUCGUGUGGUCCUCGCUGAAAACCUUGUGCCAGGUGAUGUCGUCGAAAUUGCCGUCGGGGACCGCGUCCCGGCCGACAUGCGCGUUUUGGCACUGGAGAGUACCACUCUGCGCGUUGACCAGUCUAUUCUGAACGGUGAGUCGGUAGAGACGAUGAAGCAAGUUGAGGCAGUUCAUGGAAAACGAAAUCGCUUUCCGGCAAGCAUGGUUUAUCGCGGAACCGCGGUUGUCUACGGUAAAGCUCGCGGUGUUGUGGUUCGCACUGGUAUUUCGACCGAAAUCGGCGCAAUCGAGCGCGAUGUGCGUGAGCAAGAGGAGACAAAGACGCCGCUGCAGCUGAAACUGGACGAGUUUGGCGUGCUGCUCUCUAGGGUCAUCGGCUACAUAUGUCUGCUGGUCUUCGUGGUCAAUACUCUGCAUUGGUUCAAGACGCACACACCGGCAGAAAGCGAGCGUUGGUUUGAGCGCUACAUCCAUCCCGUCAUUCACUCCCUCAAGGUGGCUGUUGCUCUGGCUGUGGCCGCCAUCCCUGAGGGCCUUCCCGCCGUCGUCACAACUUGUCUCGCACUUGGCACACGCAAAAUGGCUCAGCAUAACGCUCUCGUGCGGGAUCUUCCCAGCGUAGAGACGCUUGGGCGCUGCACAGUGAUUUGCUCCGACAAGACAGGGACACUCACCACCAAUAUGAUGUCCGUCGCGAAGGUGGUGACAGCGGAGAGUAUCUCUAGUCUUCGCACGUACGACAUUCAUGACUCGAAAUUUAAUGUGGUGCCCGGCGCCGUCUCUCGCAACGGUGCACUGGUGGAAAACGUACUGGAUGAAGAUGCCGCGGUCGACAUGCUGGCGACGGUAGCUGUCCUGUGCAACGAUGCCUCACUCAGUGCGCACGGGUCGUCUGGAGAUGCAGAAAAAAUCGGUGAAGCCACGGAAGCUGCUCUCCUCACGAUGAGCGAGAAACUAGCGCAAAACAGCGCGCAGGCCGCUGGCGCCGGCGCCUCGUUGCCUCUGGAGAAAUACAGAGCCGCCAAAAGGGAGGCGUGGAGAAAGGAUGCUACGCUCGAGUUCACUCGCUCACGCAAGUCUAUGAGCACGUGUUGCACCUCCACUCAAGACGCACGCAUGCACGCUCUGUUUGUCAAAGGCGCACCCGAGAAGGUCCUGAAGCGAUGCUCUCGUUUGAUGCUGUCUAAUGGACAAAUUGUUCCGCUUAAGCAGAUAUCCGUGGAGAUGAUGACGGGAAUGAUCAAUCACAUGUCAGGCGCCGAGGAUGCUCUGCGGUGCAUCGCGUUUGCUUUCCGCCCCAUCGCUGAUCCCGCGAAGUUGGAUUUGUCAGAUCCUGCCAAGUUCGAGUCGGUGGAGAGCGACCUCACAUUUGUCGGUUUCUGUGGAAUGCUCGAUCCCCCGCGACAGGAAGUUGCAGAUGCCAUCGCGAAAUGCCGCACAGCCGGCAUCCGAGUCGUUGUUAUCACUGGUGAUAAGAAGGAGACUGCAGAAGCGGUGUGUCGCAAGAUCGGGCUUCUCGCGCACGGCGCGACCGCGGGUCUCAGCUUCACCGGUGACGAGUUCGAUCAGAUGUCACUCGCAGAGAAGCGUCUCGCGGUGCACAACGGCGUGCUUUUCAGUCGCACAGACCCGUCUCACAAGAUGCAAUUGGUGAACCUGCUGCAGGACGAGAAACUCAUCUGCGCGAUGACCGGUGACGGCGUCAACGACUCUCCCGCUCUGAAGAAAGCUGACAUUGGAAUUGCCAUGGGCUCAGGCACGGAGGUGGCGAAGGCGGCAAGCAAAAUGGUGCUCGCAGAUGACAACUUCGCCACGGUGGUGAAAGCGGUUCGCGAAGGCCGCACAAUUUUCAACAACACCAAGCAGUUUAUUCGCUACCUCAUCAGCAGCAACAUUGGCGAAGUGGCGUGCGUUCUCGCUACAGGUCUGUGCGGCCUGCCUGAAGCUCUGUCGCCGAUUCAGCUGCUGUGGGUAAAUCUCGUUACAGACGGCCUGCCCGCCACUGCACUGGGAUUCAACGAGCCGGACCCGGACAUUAUGGAGCAGGCACCACGGCGCGUGGAUGAGCCCAUCGUGGGUGGCUGGCUGUUCUUCCGCUACAUGGUGGUCGGCGUGUAUAUUGGUCUCGCCACGGUUGCCGGGUUUGUGUGGUGGUUCAUCACAAACGGCUUCACCUGGACUGACAUUGCGUCGUUCACGACGUGCGUUGACAUGCAAAACGAGAAAUGCGUCAUCCUUGCCAACCCUGAGGCCGCGCGCUCAAUUGCUCUUUCUAUUCUCGUUGUCGUCGAGAUGUUGAAUGCACUGAACGCGCUGAGCGAGAAUCAGUCAUUGGUAGUUACUCGCCCUUCGACAAACAAGUGGCUCAUUGCUGCCAUCGCGUCGUCCAUUGCGCUCCACCUCACCAUUAUGUACAUUCCCUUCUUCGCAACCCUUUUUGGCAUUGCGCCACUCGGAGUGGACCCCGAAGUUGUCGCCGGUGCGCAGCCGUGGGAAGUGCUGAUUCCAACGGACUUCACGGAUUGGAAGAUGGUGCUGGUGCUGAGUAUGCCUGUCAUCUUCAUCGACGAAUUUAUGAAAUGGGUGUCAAGGGGCAUUAACGCUCACCAUACGGAGUAA